UAUCAACUCUUCUAGUUCGGGGUCACGGCAUUAAUCUAGUUUGCGCCUUCGUUGAAGGAUGAGAAAAUAGUUUCUCAUUCCCCGGUCAAGUUACAUCUCUACAGGCACUUUUCCCUGACAUCCGUUGCCCCUCAAUGCCCUAUUUAAUCCCCCCUGAGCUGAAGCUUUUCGUGAACACUGCGAAAUAUUUUUCCCCUCGACUCCGCCCCCCACAAAACACGAGGCCAUUUAUGGAUUGAUUGAUGGACCGAGAGACAUGCAGUCAAGCUACCGCGAGCGCGCGAUGGUGUGGCUUGGCUGUCCUUUAUAUAGAGUUUGUGGCUGGCUGUGAGGUUCACGUUCUCUUUCCUCUUAUUAGGCUCUCGCAUCAAGCCAUGCAACAGGUCCAGGACAUGGUAAACAAACAUACUCAUAACGGUACACUGAAUAUGAUUAUAAGCAAGUUCGAGUUCUUCGACGUAAAUGUCAUCCCACGAGAUGUUAUGGCUUCCAACUCGGUCAAAUCUCAUCAAAAUCAGGAGCUUUCUUCAACAAAAGCUCGCCAAACGAAAAUCAAAACAUCACCUUUUCCCAAAAACGCCAUUCUAUCUAAAUAUUAUCUUGACUACUCCGUACUCCGUAUUUUGGCUCCAUCGAGAAAGCCAGUCGACGAACGCUUAUUACAGCUGUGGCGCACCUCCGACAGCAAGGCGAAGCAGUUUUGAUCAACUGACUCCUUUAGUCAAUGUGCUUUCAGAAUGAAUACAUGUUAAUCCCCUUCUACCACAAUGACCGUUAGAGUCUAUCAGAAUCCGUCUCCAUGACCUUUUUAUUCCCUCUUGUUGACUCUAUUUAUGAAAAAGGCAGGUGAGAAAUGACAGAUGUGUAUCAACUAUCAAACACUUAACAAGCUUAUGAUUAAGAUUCUACUAUAGCACAGGCUGAACUGCAUUGAAGAGUUGAGUGGAUAAAUUCAGAGCCACCUUCGCCCAAGAUAUCUCGUCCAUCCGCCCAUGUAUUUUAUACAUGCAUGACUAUGUGACGCAAAAUCAUAAGUUACAGCCUUGGGGUCAUUAACUGUUCGUUUGUUCAGGAACCUUCUGCUGUUUUAGGGGCUAAAUCCCGAAAGACGACCUAACCCCUCACCACCAUCAAACGCAAGGUGCAAAAUAACGGCUGGGCUUUACUGUUCUUCUUCUCGCCAUGAGUGCAUCUCAACCAAAUACCAACGAGAAACCCCCGUCCACUCUUAACUUACCUCCAUCGAAUGACCCUCCGCCAUCGUAUUUGCCAGAUGAUCCCAAUGCGAGCAGUACGGCUCCAUUAGCGUCACUUCGAGAGCUUCAUUUUGAGCCACUAGGCCUACAAGGGUCUGUCAAUCCUGCCAUCGCUGGGCCGGUUACCACGGAUCAAUGUAUUGCGCAUUUAAAACUUUUGGCCGCUCUAGCGGAUCUUCGUGACACUAUUUCGACAACUGACGGCCUGUUUAAUCUCUACGACGCAGAGUAUGGAAAAUACCAGACCGAGGAAUACAGGCUCAAAGGUGCUCAAUUGAUUAGAGAAAAACGAUGGGCAGUAUAGGUCGGUAGAGCAGUGGACAGGUUCUCCCUCUGGCACGAAAAGUGCAUUAGGACUGAUGGCUUUGGUUCUAGUAAUGGGGCUCUUACCACUUACGAUAUGAAGCGUCCUGGUAGACAUGCGGCUUCAACGGCCUGGCAAGACACGAUUGCUUGGACUGUUGAUAUUAUGCCUCCUUUAGAUGUUUUGAUGGUAUGGCAUGCAUACAUGCUGAAUCCUCGAGAUUUUCUAGAAGACUGCAUUCGCCUAGGCAAAAUGAGCUUCUGGAGGACGGGUUUACCAUGGGCAAUUGUGAAUUCCAGCAUCGACCAUAGAACAUUUGAGUACACCCCUCCAUCCGAAGCAGCAGCAAAUUUCAGCAUGCAAACGGGCCUUCAGUGGGACAGCAAUCAUGAUAGCCCGUGUAAGUCUUUAAACUGCCCACAGUGUGAAGCUCAUGUAAUUGUUCCAUGGCAACAAGAAAACCCACAGAUCGGAUCAAUAGAUCAUCCCUUUGAAUACUGCGACGGUUUUGGAGACGAAAACUUCAAAGCCGUUUGCAAUAAUUGUGGGGUUACUAUCACGCACGAAAAGCUUCGCGUUGCGAAGUUUCGUCGUGACGUACAACGGCUUGUUACGGGAUGUUUUCCGAUGCCCGGGACCAUUUUGGACACGACUGGGGUCCCAGAGGACAGAGAUGAGGAUCACCGCGGGCCUUCUUUCCCCAACAAUCUCAUCAGGCUAGUAAUUCGUGGGCCGCUACGCAAUCUAGUUGACCUCGCCCAGAACCCCUCUGCAUCGAUGUCUAUGGUACGCGAUUUCCUAGGUGAGACCCUCGCGGAUGAAGAAAAGGUCCAGAAAGCACUUCAUGGUGCAGCGUCCAAACCCGAUACUGAAGAACGCAUCGCCAUCCGAAAAAUGAUGUCUCGAUACUGGGAUAACUCGUCGCCUUUCGCACUUGACCUCGUCGGAGCAGUUAUCCGCCAGGGAACAUUCAUACAAAAGAUGGACAACAUUGACUGGAUACACUCGCCCGCACUCGAGUCAACCAUGAACCGCCUCAUCACGAAAUAUAUAUAUUUCUUCCGAAUUAUAUCGGAGAACCGCACAGAAAUGGCCGUCCCUACGCUUGACGUUGACCUCGCCUGGCACACCCACCAACUCUCGCCGUAUAAGUAUUUCACAUAUUCCACCCGCCAUGCCGGUGGAUGGUUCAUCAACCACGACGAUAAGGUCUCCGAGACCAAACUCACCACGGCAUUCCAAUGGACAUCAAAGCAAUACCAGCGGAUCACAGGGGGCCAGGUAUAUAGUGAAUGUACGUGCUGGUACUGCGAAGCCAUCAGAGAAUCCCACAACGGCGGCUUCUUCAAAUCCUCUUCGACCUCCCAAGCUCAAAAGCGAGGCGACCAACUGCACAUGCGUAAGGAUAUUAAUCGAGACCCGCUCAAAAGCCCUCAUAUAUCCACUCAUAACGCUGUGCAUCCUGUAGAUAAUCCCCUCGAGCGCCCGGACGGGCGCGAGCUAGCGGCUUUAAAGCUUCAGUGGAAAUAUGAAAAGGCCAUGCGACGGAUACGGAGACGGAGCACGAAAUCCGUCCUGACACGAGGUGGUAGUGGCGACUCUGGGGCGAAGCGCCUCUCGAUUAUACCAUCAAGCACAGACAAAGCCGGGGAAAGCCCGUAUGCAGCGACUGCCAUCGUAUGGGGUUUGCCAUUGGCAAUGGCACUUUACAUUCCCUUCGCGGUCGAUCCGGGUAUCAAUACACACUUAUAUCCGUGUAGUCCGGCAUGCAUGAGCAUGGGAAUUGGCGCUCCAGGUAAUUGUGUUGCGUCCACAUGCACCGCUGAGGUUGCGGCAGGGGGAUGUGGGUGGGAUGCUGAUGGCGGCGGGGCUUGCGGUGAUGGCGGCGGUGGUUGUGGUGGUUGUGGUGGUGAAUAAUAAAUCUACUGGCAGCGGUGUUUUGACCCCGAUUUACUUGGUUUAGUUAACCUGCUGGUAUAGAUGCCUAGGUAUUUAACCAGAUGUUCGUUUUGAGGGGAGUUUUCAUUACACCUUGCUGAUAUUUCUACUCCUUUCUUUGAUUCCAGUGUCCUUUAGUUUCAUUAGCAUUUGGCAUUUUAUGUGUAUUUGUUCGUCGCACCACUGGUACGAUGCUCUACGAAUCUGAAUUCUGCAUAUCUAUGAUACCCCAUUAUCGCCUAGGUGAAUCUAAUCAUCCCCGCCCCUCGUAACUCUACGGUGUGGUGUAUGCACAUGAAUGAACCAUAUAAUUCAUAUCGAAAUCUGGCCGUUGUAAAAAAUGCUUUGUGAAAUGAAAAUGAUAGAAAGUGGGAGUAGACUGGGAAACAAUAAAAGGUAUUGAAAAGUGGGAAUAAGGGCAUAUCAAGAAAAGAAUACGAACGAUCUACAGCAUGAACUGGUAUAUAAAGGUCAAAAAUGGGUUGUGAAUUGACUGAUCCAUGGUAUAACUUCAUUGCAGUACCACAGAGUUAAGGACCCAAAGAAGCUAGCAUACGUAAAAAAUUUGCGCCUUCCCUAUGGCUUUCUUCUGUGAAUAUCCAACUCACUAGAAGGAGAAAAAAAAAGGACAAGAAAAGAUAUGUGAUACUGCAAUCGAAACAAGAAUGGGAAUAAAAGUGUGAAAAAUAUACAGUAAAGACACGUAAACGGAG